UUUGCCAACUUCACGGAGCUACCUCACUUUCGACUGCAGCGGCGGCGUGAUUAUCGGCACUUCGUUUCUCAGAAACAACAAUCAGAAACAAUGUCAAAUUCAUUGCGACCGGACCACAACUCUGAGCAAGAAGAAUCAUUUCAAUUGUGGAGAAGGAAGCUUGGUUCACAGAAUGUGAGCUCUGAGACGUCACACCCAGCAAUAGACCCAAUUCGACGAAUCGUCCUAAUCGGAAAGACGGGAUGUGGGAAGAGCAGCACUGGAAACACUAUCCUGGGUCUCAGGAGAAAGGCCAACGAGAGAUUUAUGCAUACGGCAGGUUCAGCAUCAGGAACGGAGCAUUGUCAGAGUCUUCAAGCCAACAGAUUUGGCAAAAGACUUUUAGUGGUUGACACUCCAGGGUUGUUUGACACAAAAUCAAGUGCGAGCGAUAACAGGGAAGAGAUUGGAAAGUGUGUGUGUAUGUCUGUACCAGGCCCACACGUAUUCCUUUUUGUUAUUAAAGUUGGUGAGAGGUGGACUCCGGAGGCGAAAGAAACUCUUGUACAGAUUGAGCAGAUGUUUGGUGAGAUGGGAAAGCGAUACACCAUCGUUACUUUUGUAGGGCUGGACAAUUUGAAACGUGAUGAGUUGACACUGGAUAAGCUUUUAGAAAAAGAUACAGUGUUCUCAGAUCUUGUACAUAAGUUUAACGGUAAUUACUGUGGUAUAGACAACACAAACGGUGACGAUAAUCAAGUCAAGAUGCUUGUUGACAAAAUAGAAAGUGUGCUGCUAAGAAAUGAGGGGCACUUCUACACCAAUGAUAUGUUCAAAACUGCUUCUGUUGAACUUCACAAGGAGAUUGAAGUUAUUCUGAAGAAAAGGUUGCCAGAGAUCAGGUGCAGUGAGAGAAAACUUCAGAGUGUUACGGAAAUUGAAUACCUGUGGCGUGAUGAGGUUAGAUCAGCCACAAAUAAAGCAACUGAAAUAUUAGCAACAGCGUGGAGAAACAAAGCGUGGGUAUCAUUAAGUUGUCUCCUUGGUGGCGCGGCUGGGCUUGGAGGGGGAGCAGUAGUUUGGAAAUGUGCAGCUGUAGGUUUUGCUGUUGCAGGCCCUGUGGGUGCUGCAGUUGGAGCCAUAGCAGGAGGGAUUUUCGGCUACAAUUUGUUCAAAAGAAAUUAAAGAUCAAU